AUGGCGGACAACGGAGGCUUCUAUGUGGGCGAUGGCGACGAAUCGCCGGGAAGCAAGCGGCGGAAAAUGACAGCGUCCGCCUCUACACUAGGUCCCCAGGACGUCGACUUUGCGCACCAAAACAAGUGGAUCAAUGACUGGGAAAAAAACUUCUAUACCGAGAACAUGACCAAAGAGUCCCUCUCGGAGAAACAGACAAGCAUCAAGGACCAGAUCGAGAAAAAGGUUGCGGAGUGUUUCGCUAACAAGGGCCGGCUGGAUGAGGCAAAGGUUUUUUGGCUUCUUGGUUUGUUUUGCUUUCGGAAGUAGACCUGAAGUUGUGCCUUUUUCUUUUUUAUUGAAAAUGUAACGGCCAGGACAUCGAAAGCAAGUCCUGUGUCCGCUCCCUUGACCACUUCUGAAAUCAAAUACCGCAAUCAUGCUAAGUAGGCACUGUGUCCACUGUUGAUAGCGGUUUUUUUGCCGUUGCAAAGCUUGACUUAGGCGCUCCUUUCCACUAUCACAUCAGACCAGCGGAAUUAUAACGCAAUGGGAGUACGAUUUCUCUGUGAGUAAUUUGGCCCGGGACCCGGAGAAGCUCAGCGAGAAGCAGCAGGCUCAGAAAGCCAAGAUUGACGCGAAGCUCGGUGGAUCUGGAAUGGCCUCUUCCUCCUCUGGGGCGGCUUCCGCGUUUGCUGCGCCACCCAUGAGCGGUUUCAGUGCUGCCCCCGCCAUGCAACAGCAGGGGUUCGGGCAGUUUGGGCAAAUCGGGCAAGCACAGACGUUUGGUCAAUUUGGACAACCGGGGUCGUUCGGGCAGCCACAGCAACAACCGCAUAAUUUCGGGAUGCAGCAGCCGGGCGGUUUCGGAGCAACUAACUUUGCGCCGCCCCAGCACGGAGGUGGGUUCAACUACAUGGGCGGCGGAGUCGGUGUGGCGCAGCCGGGGGCGGUGCCCGCGGGGUUCUUGAACAUGGAGCAGAUCACGCAGGCAAAGCAGGAAAACAAGAUCAGUGAUUGGGAAGUCAAGUUCUAUUCGGAUCAACUGGAAAAACUGGCCGCGGAUCCGGAUGCCCACUUUACGGACAAGCAGGUCGCGCGACGAACCGAGAUCGAGGAAAAAGUGCGAGGCGGGAAAACGACGGAGAUUGGCGGUAUGCCCUUAAUUCAAAUAUUCCUAUUCCAUGUACUUCUGCUUCUGCACUGUUUCAAAGUAAUUGCGUUCCGUAAAUGUAACGAACCCGCCCCGGUUCGCCAGCACGGGUUUACCGUGGUAAAUGGUCGAAGUUCUAGCUCUCUUCAGCUUGUUUUUUUUGCGAUGUGUUUGAUCCUCCAUCUGCAGAUGACGAGUAUUCGGAGCUGUGGGGACUCCACAAAACCUAUCAAAAACAAAACCCGCCUCCUCAUGUUCAAAACGAAGUCUGUCUGAUGCUGGGUUCUUUGGGCACGCAAGUCAAUUCUGUCUUGCAGUGAGCGGCUGCUGCAGCGAGAAUCCGCUGCGGCUCCCUGUUUGGUAUGGCAGACAGCUGUCUUGGUACGGCAGACAGCUGUCUUGUAGACUGACUGGCGUCACCAGCGCUCGCCUCGCCGGAUGCCUCGGGGACAAUUGCUGCCAUGCAAGGCGGAGGCGACUUGCGGCCACAAGUCAGCAUCGCAGACUUCUCGUUUGAGUAUGGGGACAAUGGUUGGGACCUUUCCUCACCAUAAGAGCGAGAUUGAUGACGCGUUGAAGGAGCAGAAGAUUGUAGAGUGGGACUACAACUUCAUUUUGAAUAACUUUGCGCGCGCCCCAACGGACGUCACGGAGAAGCAAGCCCCCGUCGUGGAGAAAAUCAAGAACAAGCUCAAUGGCGAGGCUAUGGAAGCGUGAGGUUUGAAAUUGUCAAAGUUGAAAGAAUUUGUAAUGCAUAAAAUGCAUGACCCGAGGCACAUGUGUUGCAGAGCAGGCAGGUGAGGCCGAUUGUAAGCCUGUUUGGGGUUACAGCUCGAGCUGCUAAAGUAGCAUGAGAAAAUCGCUCUUCUUUGCCUAAAAAGCAUGACAAACUGGAUUUAGGGACCACCGAAAUUUGUCUUGCGCCACUUAGAAACUGGUUUCUAACUGGCAUCCAGUUCUUUAUGCAUGACAAAUUAUUUCAACUUUGUCGAUUUCAACUCUGACACAUCCAUAGAGGCCCCCGCCCCAGGGGACGCGGGACCGGGAGGUAUGCCAAUUGGAAUGAUUUUAGUACAUCAGAAUAGAUGAGUUCUCCCAGACAGGAUAAGGGAACAAAGUCAGCAUGAUGAAUCAAGGUCAGCACCAUGUGUUGACAUGAGUUGUUUCUCCGUGAUACCUCUUCCAUCGGAUGAUGUUUCCUCGAGUCACGGUUGGCGCGUGAUGUUGAAAAGGUUGUAUAUAAACCACAAAAAUAACAGCAGCUGCCAUGGGGGGUGGCGGUGUGUCACCAGCUUGGGGUAUGACGGAGGAGCAGAUGGUGCAAGCCCGUGACGGUGGCCGAAUCAAUGACUGGGAAUUCAACUUCAUGAAAAGCAAUUUUGAUCGGAACAGCUUUUCUGAAAAGCAGCAGACAAUUGUGGACCGAAUACAAGGAAAGCUGCAGGGCGGCGGUCAGGGCGGCAGAUCAAGUACCAAUAGAAGAUGAUCCAUCGCUCUUGUUCGUGCUUGUAUCACUAACUAUCAUGUCAGUCUAGUAGCUGCACACGUCGAUUUCGAUAUAUUUUUUCGUAGAUCUUCUUCGACGCCCUCCUUAGGUGGUUCAAGUAAGGAAGAAGGUAGUUCGCAUCCAGGUGACACUCGGAAAUGCAUGUAGAUCGUGUGAAGACGCGGCGGCCUUUUCUAGAAGGACGGGCGUCAGAUACUGAAGUCGUUAAUAGUCCACGAAUUCAGUACUGGAUUCUGUUUGAUUUCUGAUGCUCAUCUUCUGUACUUGUUCUACCAGGUAACGGGGGUCCUGCAGCCGGCGGCUUUGGUCAGCAGUAUUUUGCGAACCGGCAGGGGCAGCAGCAAAGAGCCGCUGCGCCCGGUGGUGGUGGCGGCGGGAUGUUGACCCAGGAGGAAGUGCAGGCGGCGUAUCAAGCCAAGAAAAUAAACGACUGGGAGUACAAUUUCUACACCGACAACCUGCAAAAGUCGUAUCAUUCUGACAAGCAAAAAAACAUCAUGGCCAAGGUGGAACAGAAGGCGCGCAAGUAGCCGCCUGCUCUGAACGUGAACUGAGAUCAAUGUACAACUGAAAUGAGAAACGACUGAAAUCACAAACAACUGAAAUCAGAAAACAGACCAAACGGAGUUUCUUGUUCUCGUGCUGAACAACUCACCAGCUUGAACUUCAAGUAACGAUUUCUAUCGCACCAGCGUAAGCAGCAGCGGUUGCAGCGAUU